AUGCUACGGCUCCGGCCAGCACUACGAGUCUCGUGUAGACGAAUCCCUAUAAGAACGAUCGCUACAGAGUCAAGACCAUAUGUUCCACCGAAAGCGGAAAAGCUAGUCGCUCCAUUGACGGAAGGACUCGCUGUUCCAGACUCGCCAACUUUUUUUUCAGGGCGUUCGGCAUUCUUGGACAACGUCUAUCGUUUAGAAAAAGAGCUCAAUAGGUUUACGUUUAUGAUGCAUGAUGCUCAUAUAGUCCCUUUGCCGAAAGCUGCUCAGCAUAAUGUUGGCCAUGUUCAAGGUUACUGGAGAGACAUUGAAGGAAUGCAUCAAAUAUUGGGAAAAAAUAUCAAAGAAACUCAAUAUCGUCGUCUCCUAUCACUCUUGACCCAACUUAAUAAACUUCGGCAUGUAGCCGGGUUGUGCGGGAAGAACGAAAUCGCAACGAUGAUUGCUGAAGUCAUUAGGCCCUAUGAGAAGACUAACAAGGCAAUCCUGGAAGCCCAGAGAACUGGACGGAAAAAGCCAAUACCAGACGAAUACGGCAGGGCCUAUGCCCUAGGUCGACGAAAGACCAGUUCAGCACGAGUAUGGGCUAUCAAGAUCCAACCCGAAUCCCUUCUAGAAGCUUCAGACCGGAGAACAGUACCCACGGCUAGCU